AUAAAAAGAAACCAAACACGGCAACCAAUUCACUGUUUAAAAAUUAAAUUAAAUUUUCGUAAAAAAAACUCUAAAAAAUGGAAGGAUUUGAUGACGCUGGUAUCUUUUUCUCCGACAACUUUGCUGGAGAAGAUCAACAAACGGAGCAAAUCAACUUGCAAGCUGUAAAGAACAAGUACAAGAAUUUCAUUCGCACCUUCAACGAGGACAAUUUUCAUUUUAAAUAUCGUGACACACUCAAGCGAAACUACUUGCUGGGCCGCUAUUUCCUCGAAGUUCAGUUGGAAGACUUGGCUGGCUUCGAUGAAAAUUUGGCGGACAAGUUGCACAAACAACCAACUGAACAUCUGCAAAUUUUCGAAGAAGCCGCGAAGGAAGUUGUCGACGAGAUUACCGCUCCGCGUCCCGAAACGGAAGAACAUAUCCCGGAUAUUCAAGUUUUGGUGAAUUCCAUUUCGAAUCCGACCAACAUUCGGGACCUCAAGUCGGAAUAUGUGUCGAAAUUGGUAAAAGUCGCUGGAAUAAUUGUCGCUGCAUCCGGAAUUAAGGCAAAAGCGAACAAAAUUACGAUCCAGUGUCGUUCGUGCGGCAACGUAAUUCCCAAUUUGAAUGUAAAUCCGGGACUUGAGGGCUAUCCGUUGCCCCGAAAAUGCAAUACGGAACAAGCGGGAAGACCCAAAUGUCCUCUCGAUCCGUUUUUCAUUCUGCCCGACAAAUGCAAAUGCAUGGAUUUCCAAGUGCUCAAGUUGCAAGAGUUGCCCGACUUUAUUCCGCAGGGCGAAAUUCCGCGUCACAUGACACUUUUCUGCGAUCGUAGCUUGUGCGAACGAGUCGUACCGGGCAAUCGGGUACUUAUUCACGGCAUUUUUUCCAUCCGUAAAGUGGGCAAACCGAGCAGACAAGACGGCAGAGAAAAGGCAACUGUGGGCGUUCGGGCUCCGUACAUGCGAGUUGUCGGCAUUACCGUUGACAGUGAAGGCGUUGGCGCUAUUUCACGUUUUAAUAACAUCACAACCGAAGAAGAGUCGCAUUUCCGUAAACUCGCAGCGACGCCAAAUCUAUUAGAUGUUCUUGCAGAAUCUCUUGCACCGUCAAUUUUCGGCUCGACUGACAUCAAAAAAGCCAUUGCUUGCUUACUUUUCGGCGGAUCCCGUAAAAGAAUGCCCGAUGGACUCACUCGACGUGGAGAUAUCAACAUUUUAUUGCUCGGCGAUCCGGGUACUGCCAAAUCUCAAUUGUUGAAAUUCGUGGAAAAAGUUGCCCCCAUCGCUGUUUAUACCUCGGGCAAGGGUUCGUCAGCUUCCGGUUUGACAGCUAGCGUUAUUCGAGACCCGGCUUCACGUAAUUUCAUCAUGGAAGGAGGCGCUAUGGUGCUUGCGGAUGGCGGCGUUGUCUGUAUCGACGAGUUUGACAAGAUGAAGGAAGACGAUCGUGUCGCAAUUCACGAAGCCAUGGAGCAACAAACAAUUUCAAUCGCCAAAGCGGGCAUCACGACAACUUUGAACACACGUUGCUCAGUGCUGGCAGCGGCAAAUUCCAUUUUUGGGCGCUGGGAUGACACCAAAGGCGAGGAAAAUAUCGAUUUUAUGCCGACAAUUUUGUCGCGUUUCGACAUGAUUUUCAUCGUGAAGGACUUGCACGACGAAAGUCGCGACGUUACGUUGGCCAAACACAUUAUCAACGUCCAUUUGAAUGCCAACAAGCCGGGAAUGGAAGUCAAAGAGGGCGAAAUCCCGCUGGCAACGCUCAAGAAAUUCGUUCAUUAUUGCCGAACGCAUUGCGGACCACGUUUGACGAAGGAAGCAGGUGACAAACUGAAAAGUCGUUAUGUUCUCAUGCGAACCGGGCAACACGAUCAAGAGAAAGCUGCCGAUAAACGUCUUGCGAUCCCAAUUACGGUUCGACAACUCGAAGCGAUUAUCCGUAUUGCGGAAUCUUUGGCGAAAAUGCAGUUGCAGCCAUUUGCGACGGAAUCACAUGUUAAUGAAGCGCUUCGUUUGUUCCAAGUUUCGACGUUGGAUGCGGCGAUGUCGGGCAGUUUGGCGGGCGCAGAAGGCUUCACGACAGAAGAAGAUCAAGAAAUGUUGAAUAGAAUUGAGAAACAGUUGAAGAGACGUUUCGCGAUCGGGUCUCAGGUGUCGGAGCAAAAUAUCAUUCAAGACUUUGCACGACAAAAAUAUCCCGAUCGAGCUGUUAUGAAAGUUAUUCAUACGAUGAUUCGGCGUGGCGAGCUCCAACAUCGGAUGCAGAGAAAAAUGUUGUAUCGUUUAUGUUAAAAAAAACCUUUUUUUAUGUUUUUUUUAUUAAAUAUUAUUUUUUGUAUUACUUUUUUUUUGUUUGAUCAAAUAAAUUAAUCAAUUUUCACGAA